AUGGAGAAUUUUCAAACUACUUUCAACUCCAACACCACAUUAGCAAAUGAAGCAUUGAAGAGUCUGGGCUCUCUCUUCAAAAUUAAGAAGACGAAGCUGCAAGAGAUUUGCACUGGUCUGAAAACUGACCAUGAAACAUUUCAAGCAACUAUCUCCUCUCAGAUUUCACAACUUAAAGACGAACUGAUAAAGGAGAGUACCAUCAAGGACUCUCUUGCACUCAAGUCAGAAGAAGCAAAGGUGUUAAGUAUCAAACUAGAAGCUUCAGAGAAGCAGGUCAAUGAUCUGUUAUCUGAGAGGGCAGUCAUGCGAAGCUAGAAAUGCUAUGAGAAAUCUCUCCCGACUCAAGAAUCUUACUCUGAUCACGCCUCCUCACCCUCUGUUCUUCUUCCUGGUCACAACAACAGCCGACCACCAACCACCAACUCCUCUCGUGGUGGUCAUCGACCAAAUCAACAACAACGAAACAACGGAAACAGCGACCAACAUCAGCAUUGCCCACAACAACAGCCUCCUGCUGCUCUUGGAGGCCCAUUCACAAACAUGCUACCUUGGCAGCCUUACCCGUUGUCUUGGCAGCCUUUUCCUUGGAUCUUUUCGCAACAUUAUUAG